AUGCUCGCUACCGAGUGUCGCGAGCGUGCUGCCAAGCUGAAGGGCAGCAAGGCGGCCGCGGCAAGCACGUUGGCUUGGGACGCGAUCAAGCAGCUAGGUGACGCCAAGGUCUUGUACGCGAGCCUGCUCAGGCUGGUCUGGCGAAAGCGGAAGCCCUCGGCGAGGAAGCGGGCGUCUGAGGGGAUGAGAAAGCUGAGUCAGCGCACGGCGAGCAUGGAGUCGGACAUCAAGGAAGAGGACGAGGAGGAGGAUAGCAAAUCGCGGAUGUUCCCGUCGACUGCUCACAUCCUCCUUUCUGCUUCAAAAGCAUCUUCCCUCUCCGCCCCCUCGGAUACGGAACGUCGCGAAUCAGGCAGCUCGUACAUGCGGAAAGGCUCGCAACUCGACCGGGUCCGCGAGGGUCGUGAGAUAUCCACAUUCACACCUCCACCACCCGGUCCCCGUGGCUCCAUCUCGGUCGGUCCCGACUCGCUUGCCCGGCGCGGCUCGUGGAUGCCACAGGGGUACACCGGUAUCGGCCUGAACGGUAACACUCACAGCGGCGUCCAUGGUAUGGUCGGUCGGUCUAGACGCGCGUCCAGCAUGUCGGCGCCUCUCGUCGGACCAGACGGCAUCUCUGCCUGGACACGCAAAGCUUCGGUCAUUUCUUUCACUGCCGAAGAGGAAGGCGCCGGUCUCGUCCCCUCGGCCCAGCUCGCCAGCUCGGCCUGGGAGCUCCUUGACGGUGCCAUCAAGCAGUACAAGCUCGCUCUCACCCUCCUCUCCUCCUCCGACCUCCCUCCAGCCCAUCUCGCACGGGGCAAAGCGGACACUCUUACCCAAAUCGCCUACGCGUCAUGGUUCCAGGCUUCGCUUGCUACUCGGGUCGCCCUUGCCGCGGACAAACGCACGGGUCUGCUCGUCACCGCCGAGGUCUACGCAACAUGGGCGGCGAGGGAGGUGGGAUGGUCAUUCCUCAUCGAGGGAACGCAGGAGGCGGCUCAGGCGGACAGACGGACCAACUCGUGGAGAGCGGACGAGUCGGGCAAGCGGGCGGUCAUGAUGCUGGUCAGGACAUGGUGGCACCGGGCCGUGACCACAGAAAUGAUGGACACGGACACCAAGACAGCGGCCAAGGAUGCGGUCGAGGUGGUGGUCAGGCGAAUGCGUGAUAGGGAAGGGGUACGAGACGGUGAUGUGGCGAGAUGGCGGGCGUGGCUUGGGAAGAACGAGGGGGAGAUGGACGCUGCCGAGGGCUUGUUCUGGAGGAGUGUCAGUAGGAUCUUGAGGGGUGGCGCUGGAUUCGUCAUGUCUUAG